UGUUGUGGUUCCGGUUUACACGCUGUUCCAAGUGAGAUUUCCCACAAAGGAGUGUCUAUGGAUAAAGUGAUUAUCCUUAGGAGAACAUCGUGAGGGAACUGGCGCGUGCGGCUCUCCCGUUGAAGAGUUAUAUAACAGAGACAAACGAAGGAAACAGAUCGCCCGCUUAAGCUCAACAACCCUUCAGAAUGAGAUUCCAGCAGCUGAUGCAAGUGCGCAGAUUGGCCAGCGCCGGUGCCACCACCUUGAUGAGGCGACCCACCACUCGCGCCGCCCUGGCCGCCACUCACCCCACAUUCAACACCCCUUACAUCGCAACCACUGUGCGCACAAUGGCGGGCAGCGGGGCACCAAUUCCUGAACUCACCGAGAUCACGGACAAUGUGCAGCGCGGCAACUACGCCACUUUGACGGACAAGGAUGUGGCGCACUUUGAGCAGCUCCUGGGCAAAAACUUUGUCCUCACCGAGGACCUGGAGGGUUACAACAUCUGCUUCCUCAAAAGGAUUCGAGGCAACAGCAAGCUGGUUCUGAAACCCGGAAACACAGAGGAGGUGGCCGCCAUUCUGAAAUACUGCAAUGAGCGUCGCCUAGCGGUGGUGCCCCAGGGUGGAAAUACUGGACUGGUGGGCGGAUCCGUGCCCAUUUGCGACGAGAUCGUGCUAUCGCUGGCGCGCUUGAACAAGGUCCUAUCUGUGGACGAGGUCACCGGCAUCGCCGUUGUGGAGGCGGGCUGUAUCCUAGAGAACUUCGACCAGAGGGCCAAGGAGGUGGGAUUGACGGUGCCGCUGGACUUGGGCGCCAAGGCCAGUUGCCACAUCGGUGGCAAUGUGUCUACCAAUGCGGGUGGAGUACGUGUGGUGCGUUACGGCAAUCUACAUGGAUCCGUUUUGGGUGUGGAGGCUGUGCUGGCCACCGGUCAGGUUUUGGACCUAAUGUCCAACUUCAAGAAGGACAACACGGGUUACCACAUGAAGCAUUUGUUCAUCGGAUCGGAGGGCACACUGGGCGUCGUCACGAAGCUAUCGAUGCUCUGUCCCCAUUCCUCGCGAGCGGUUAACGUAGCCUUCAUUGGCCUUAACUCCUUCGACGAUGUCCUGAAGACCUUUGUCAGUGCCAAGCGGAAUCUGGGCGAAAUCCUCAGCUCCUGCGAGUUGAUCGACGAACGCGCCUUAACCACUGCCCUCCAGCAGUUCAAGUUCCUUAACUCCCCGAUUUCCGGCUUUCCCUUCUAUAUGUUGAUCGAGACAUCGGGCAGCAAUGGCGAUCACGACGAGGAGAAAAUCAAUAAGUUUAUUGGCGAUGGCAUGGAGCGAGGUGAAAUCCAGGAUGGCACCGUGACCGGUGAUCCUGGAAAGGUGCAGGAGAUUUGGAAGAUCCGCGAAAUGGUGCCCUUAGGCCUGAUCGAGAAGAGCUUCUGCUUCAAGUACGACAUCUCGCUGCCUCUGCGAGACUUCUACAAUAUUGUCGACGUGAUGCGGGAGAGGUGCGGUCCUUUGGCAACCGUUGUCUGCGGUUAUGGUCAUCUGGGGGACUCCAAUCUACACCUGAACGUCUCCUGCGACGAGUUCAACGACGAGAUCUACAAACGGGUGGAGCCUUUUGUCUAUGAAUACACCUCCAAGCUGAAGGGCAGCAUUAGUGCGGAGCACGGCAUUGGUUUCCUGAAGAAGGACUACCUGCACUACUCCAAGGAUCCAGUAGCCAUUAGCUAUAUGCGCGACAUGAAGAAGCUACUGGACCCCAACGGUAUUCUCAAUCCUUACAAAGUGCUCAACUAAGUCGGAGGUCUUAAUUUAUAAGUCUACAGUCCUGUUUUUUUUUAUUUUCCGUAAACGCAUAAUAAAUUGUUUAUAAUUAACUGCAA